UACGAUUUGAGUGUAUAUUUUUAAAGCUUACGCUCUGAAAAGUUGGUUUAAACUUUGGUUCUGCGCCUACGGUCUUCCUAAUCGAUUAGAAGUUUCAAAAUCGACUGCAAAUACACAGUUGUAUAGACUGAAGAAGGCAGGGAUGCUGUGAUUUGGCCGCGUUGUUUACAGCAAUGGACGGCCCUUUCUUUCUUUUUGUUGGCCUGACCUAAACCUGUGAUGUUAGACUAACCACAGAAUAACCAAAGGGACAGCCAUUUUGCGUGGUCGAGACGGAAACGGUUAAACUUUUUUAGGAUGUGACUUCUGAACGAAGCAAUGGAAUUCUUGAAGGACUCCUCUUAUCGAUGUAUGGCGCCAAUGUAUUGGACUAUUUACCCGCUUUGAUUGCCUCCAUCUUGACUUCUUCUAACGUUUAGCUGGACGUUAUGGAGAGUCAAGGGGAUGAAGUUCCUAACGAAGAAUUUAAAAAGCCUCAGAAACAUGUAAAGUUUAAUCUCAAUGAUGUCAGUGCAGAGGAUGAAUCAAAAUACAUUGAACCCUUGGCCGAUGGUACUUCGAAAGCUCCUGUUAAAGGAGAGAAUCGCGAGAAAACUGUUGAAUUAGAGGCUGAAGAGAAAGCCGUCGGUGCAAGUCCAGAAGGCCGGUUUCUUAAAUUUGACAUUGAAGUUGGUAGAGGUUCUUUCAAGACGGUUUACAAAGGGCUGGAUACAGAGACCGGGGUAGCAGUAGCUUGGUGUGAACUGCAGGUUGGUUGCCGUACCGUGUGAAUUUGCGUUCUUUUCUAGCGUUUUAGACAGAAGUAGUGAUAGAUAUUAAACAUUGUUCUGUACAUUUUCUUUUCUUUAAAGGAUAAAUAUUCAAAAGCCGAGCGAGCAAGAUUCAAAGAAGAAGCCGAAAUGCUAAAGCAAUUACAACACCCAAAUAUUGUGAAAUUCCAUGACUCAUGGGAAACAAGACUUCCAAAUAAAGACAAGAAAAGGGUUAUUUUAGUGACGGAACUUAUGACUUCGGGGACACUGAAAACGUGAGUAAAAUUUCCACUGUGGAGGCUCAAUUAGUUAGAGCGCCUUUCUUGCCACGAAUUCAUGUGGACAUGUUUGCAUGAGAAGGAGGCAGGAAGCUGUGACGAAACUGCUUUACCAUGUCUCUAAAUUUUGAAUGAACAGACAAAUAAAGCCACGUUGUUUUAUGUGCUAUUUUAAUUUUGACUUGUAAAUCGGCAAUUAUUCGAGUUUGUCGUUAAUCUGGAUUUGUGUGGAUCUUUUUUAUUUUACACUGCUAAAAUGUGCUACGUUUCCGGGGAGAGUUGAGGUUCGUUUCGUCACAGUAUUUCCGGAGCUUCACGGUUCUUGUUUUCCCGAAAGUUUUCUUGGUUUACUGAAUUUUUAAUAGUUUCAUUUUCUAUAAAUGUUUUAUUCUGCAACUGCUCAAGAUUAUUGUUUCAUUCUAGCGAGGAAAACAACUUUGUAUCGGCUUUGCUGGCCUAUUGUAGAAGCUUCUUUCAAGCGGCGAAGAAUACCUGUGUAUUUUAUUUACAGGCUUAAUAAGAUUCAGAACAUGCUUUCAUGGUUUAGCGUGAAAAGAGUACAUAUUUUAAGCUAGGCUUAAUUUUAAACCACUUUCCGUUCCUGUUUCUUGGCUCCUUUUAGGGGUACAUGUAUCGUCAUGUAGGCCAUUUAGUCUUUGUUAUUUUUGUCUCAUUUGCUCGACUUUCCCUUUCUUCAAAUGUCAGAAAAAUUUAUCGAAACCCAGCAGGCUAAAGCAAUUGCGGUUUCAAAGUUGGUGUUAUUUGGCGAAUCUUUGACAUUCAUCCUACCGCAGUUAUAUUUUGAUGUCGUUUGUAAUUCAUGUGUGCACAUCGUUGUUUUUAUCGAUAGCGUUGAUCAAAACGUCCUGAUCAGUCUAAUUAUAGGGCUAGGCGAUUGUGAAAAAUAUAUUUUUGUAAAGUUUAGUUGUUAAUAAGCUAACACGUUAAUUUUUCGUAAAAUGUCUUAAACAAAAUAUUCCAUGUCCAUCUGGAAAGAAAUCAUUUGAUGAUGUUAUCAUGGAUUUAUAAACAUGGUAAACUUUUUAAGCCGAGUAUCUUGUUGAAACGUUCAUAUCAAACAAUGUGAAUGGAUUUUGGUACUUUGCCCUCCUUUAUUACAGGAGAAAAAUUCCUAUUCUUUAAUUUGGGACCAAUCUUAUUCUUUCAAAAAGAUGUGAAAAAUACUGUUUGUUGUAACACUGUUUAUGAACUGCAACCUUUAAAACCAAUUUUAUUAAUUUCUGUUCUAUGAAUCAGACCCCUAUUUGUUAUGAUUCUGUGGGUUUAUUUGCAGUUCAAAGGGCCUGCUAAAUGUUUUGAGAUCAAUUUGUAUAAUUUCUUUGUUCGAUUAGCUCAGCAUUGUUUAUUUGAUUAGUUCCAGUUGUUAUCCUCGUCUUUAUUGGGAAUGUUACUUGUCUGAUUAAAUUGCCACAGCUCUCGUGCUAUAACAUGAAGCUCCACCAUUUGGACAUGAUGGGGGACUCUAUAUUGACUUAAGGUUAAAAAGUGCCUAGUAAUAUUGUCAAGGUAGUUGCCAAAUAGAAAAAUGCUCUCAACAAAGUUAAUUGGAGAAUAUCUUGGCUAGUAAAGUCUGUUGGAUAGGGAAGGAUGCUUAUUUUGUCAUUGGGAGAUUUUGACUCUUAAAGUUAGCUUUUUACUCUGGAAACUGAAAACUCGCGAUAACUUUUAGUGCUUUUAGAGAAAAAUCUUUUUGUGAGUGACUUUUGACUUGAUUUAUUUGAUGUAAUGAAACCCAUGGUGCAUUUGGAGGUAUUGUGUGAAAUCUUCCAAAUGUACCAUUUGGUUUAUCAGUUUGAACAAAGGGAAAUAGAUAGAUCUCUGGUAAAGAAACUCAGGAUUACAAGGAUCAGAGUAGAUUUCAGGUCACAGAAGUUGUUUUCCUGUUCGGCAGUUGAGAUUUAAGUCACCAACUACAAAUUUUUUUUUAAAGCAAUUACUUUUUUGUUUUUUCAUAUGUCUUAACACUUAAAUUCUCUUCCUCUUUUAAGACUGUAAACCAAGCUUACUAGACAACUCCCUGGCUUUGCUCAAGGCAGUAAUAGUUGUGUUGUAUAUGCAUUGGUUGUGUUUGUAUCUUGUAUGUAGAGUUUGACAGUUCCUUCCCCUACCUCAUUAAAUGCCUGAAAUGUGUACUUUUGUGUUUAUAUGUAUGAUUGAUGCCCUUUUAACAUUUGCAGCUACUUAAAACGUUUUAAAGGAGUCAAGGAAAAAAUUCUGAAGAGUUGGUGUCGACAGAUUCUUAAGGGGUUGCUCUUUCUACACACAAGAACACCCCCCAUUAUACAUCGUGACCUCAAGUGUGACAACAUUUUCAUAAAUGGCACUACUGGCCUGGUGAAAAUUGGAGAUCUGGGACUUGCAACCCUCAAGAAAUCAUCUUUUGCUAAAAGUGUGAUAGGUAAGGCAUAUUAAUUAGGUUAUCAAUUAGCCUUGCUUGUGAAAAAGCUGACUUAGUUCAUGUAUGCAACAGUAAUAAUAUUGACUGGAGCUGUCUAUUUAAGAGAAAAUAAGCUGGGCUUACUUUGGUUGCGACUUGCAUAAGGUAUUUUAUUAACUUUAUGAACUAUUAUAAAACCAAAACUUGGCUAUGGUAUUGAUGAUGUCUUUCUCAAAGUUGGUUACAUAGUUUACCUAAUGGUAAUGCUUGUCUUUUUUUAUUAGGCACACCUGAAUUUAUGGCCCCUGAAAUGUAUGAGGAACAUUACGAUGAGUCAGUUGAUGUGUAUGCAUUUGGUAUGUGCAUGUUAGAGAUGACAACCCUGGAGUACCCUUACAUGGAAUGCCAGAACCCAGCCCAAAUUUACCGCAGAGUUGUCAGUGUAAGUACAUAUGUUGUCUGAUAAAAAGCCUGUGAUUGCAUUUAGAGUUGGAGCUUUAUAACUCCACUUGGAUGUGAAGCUAAGGUGACUUUGAAACUUGGCUACAUUUCACUGAUUUUUGUAAAUUUUUUUUCUAAAUCUUUACCAAAUAAAUAAGGAGUAAAAGAUUUUUCACUUACUAUAACCUGUACAGGGGAUCAAGCCAGAAUGCUUGGAUAAAGUUGGUUCAAAGGAAAUCAGAGAAAUUAUUGAAGGUUGUACAAAAGCUAAAAUGGAUGAGAGGUAUUUGGAUUGAAGAUUUUAUAUAGAUUUUGCUCUCUGCUCCCUUCAGGUCAGAUCAUGCAUCUUUUUCAAGUAGUUUCAACAGCAAAACUAACAGCAACAAGUUCACACUACAUUCAGUCAGAAAAGGAGCUUUGUAUUUUUCUUGUUUUAUGCACCUAUGUGGAGGAGAAGAAACCACACCUUUUUGUACCACCAGGAUAUAUUGCUAAUAAACGUUCUAGCUUAAAACUAGUUGAGUAGCACUGUGCUGACUUUUGCUCCUAAUGCUAGGGCUGUCACUAGCUAGACAUUUUUGCUGGUUGUAUUUUUCUUACAUUUUUCCUAUGACGCUGAAUAACAGCUUUUGAACAGUGGACAUAUACAGAAGACAAAAUUUGGAGAUAUCUAUUUUCACUAGCCUCUUAAAUUUUACCUUGUGCUGUCUCCCUUUGUACAAGCAGAAAGUAAAAGAUAUUUGAGGUUUGAUUGUGUUAAUGAAGGUGUUUAUUAUUGCAUUUAGAUACACGAUCAAAGAAAUAAUAAUCCACCCAUUCUUCCAAGAAGACUGUGGUGUUAAAGUGAAUCUGGUGGAGCCUGAACCUGGAAUAGACAGUGACCAUACAAAACCUGUUGGUACAGUCAAGCUGCUGUUGCAACUUGAGGAUCCCAAGAAACGCAAGGACAAACACAAGGAAAAUGAGGGAAUUCAGUUUGACUUUAACUUGGGGACUGAUCAGCCAGAGAAAGUCACUCUUGAACUGGUGAGUGAUCUCUGUGUUAUCUUGUAAGCAGUUGAGUCGUGUCUAGCCUCAGAGUAUAUAUUAGUUUUCGUCCACAGUGUAAAAAGGUAGGUGUUAAGUCUGUUAUAUGUACGAGGCAAAAGUGAAAGUUUCAUCCUUACCCUCUGGGUGUUCUAUUUUCUGUCUUGCCAAGUGCAUGUUACAGUGCUAUCAUGAUUAUUAACUUGUGAGUGAGUUUAAUUCAAAGGUUGUUUUGGCCACUUGAGGAUAUUUGCAAGUGAGCUGUGUCUAGAGGUAUUGAAAGCCUAUUGCCUUUCUCACUAAGUGCACAAGCGGAUAUAUUUCUAAACUAGAAUUUAAUUUUUAACAAAACUUAACAGUGGAACAGGAUAUUAGCCGAAGUUGAGCAAUGGGCUUGAAGGGAAGAAGGAGAAAUAGUAAUCAUUACUGACAUCUAAUGGACUUGACUGAUGAGGUAAAGUUUCUUAGCUUACCAAUAUCUACAUGGAUUUCAAUUGAAAGAGGUACGUUCAAAAUAGUUUUUUUCCUAGAGGCUUGUUAAGUUUGUUUGUCAGGUAGACUUAAGUUCGUUGAAUUUAAUACCUGGAUCAUAAGUUAAAGUGGUACAUUUUUGGUACACUAAGCUUCCAUCACCAAUCAAAAACAGAAACUCUUAUUGUGCAAGUUUACUUGAACUUAGUUAACGGUAUCGAUGACAUUAAAUUAAAGUUUUGAGUCCAAAUAUGUAAAGAAAGAAAAUUAGGUUUAGUACAGUUGAUUUAGGGGGUGCUUACUAAUGCGAUUUUAUUUUUCCAUGCAGAUAAGGAACACGAUUUUAACAAUAACCAUGAAACCUAUCCUAAGUUGUUUUUUAUCCACAGCUUUAGAAAAUAUGCAGAAGUGGGAAUAAUUUAUCCACUAUUCCCUUCCUCAGCUUAAUUUUUCAGCAUUUUGUUGUGCACUGUGAACAAACGUUUCGUAUGUGUUAAGUCUUGUGCCUUUGUAGUACAAUAUUAGGUAUAUUACCAACUAAAGCAGGUUAACAAUGCGUGCAGUAAUUUGUUACCCCAUUUAUUCACUCCAAAGCUUAAAAAUGUCCUCAUCAUCAUAACUUGUCAUGCCAGUAAGCUUGUAAGACCAUUAUCAGGGCUGUCAUUUAGGUUUUAAGUGGCUGAUCUCUCAGGGAAAGAAGUUGGCCAUUUAUCGCACAAAUCCUCAUAUAUUUGUUAUGUUUGACUGGGUCAUAUUCAAAAGUUUAGAGUAGCUGGCUACUCACAUGUACUCACGAGAACCCUGAUUAAAACAUGCCUUACAGCUGUUUAUCUGAAGACAGUUUAAAACUGUUUUCCCCACAGAAUUACCUGUGGGUGUUGUUUUAUGCGGUCUACUAAACAUCUCUUACUGUCUCCUCACCUUUGACAAAUUUUGUCUAGUAUCAUUUAUUGUCCAUUCUUGAAUUUACUUUUGUAAAACAUUGGCUCAUUAUAGGAGAAUAAUUUUCAUGUACUUAUGAAAAAAAUAGUAUUCGAAUUGGAAAGGAUGAGCUUAAGGGAAAAAAACUGUUGCUACAAACUAAAGAAUGGCUUAAUUGUACAUUUGAUCACCCUGAAAACUGCAAAUUAGCAAUUAGAUACUAUAUAAUGACAUAUCCAUUUUAGUCCAACAGAGUGUGUUGCUUUCUUUGUGUUUUUGCAGGUUAGACAAGGUUUCAUUUACGAUGAGGACCAGAAGGCAGUCACCAAGUCUAUCAGAGACCGUAUUGCUCAAGUUAUGUUAAACCGCCGAAGUAUUAAGAGAGAGAUAUCAGGAGAGGAAAAGAAAGAAAAAGAGAAGCUGGACAGUGAAGAACAGGCUGUCAAGCCAGAAGGUGAAGAUAGUGAUAAAGAACAACACCCAGCUGAAACAGAGAAGGAGAAAGAAGAUAAGGAGGAGAAGAACAGCGUGGAGGAGCCUGAACCUGCAACAGCGGCUGAUGCUUCUGUUAACGUACAGAGUGGGUUACCAGUAAAGCGUGUUAUUGAUCCCACACAAGAAAGGUUAGAAGGAAUAGUAGAGUCUCAUGAUAGUCCACAUGGAACAAUUGAUGAGCGAGUACUUCCUGUCAACCAAGAUGCUGUUGCUAUUACUGAAAAGGUUAGCUUUCAGUUAUACAUUUUAGUUAACUGGAAAAUAUUAUUUAUCUGAGGGAAUUUCAGCUUUUCAGUAAUCUUAGAGGUAUCCUUGCACAGAUGAUGUAUUCUUGUAGUUUGUGGAAAAAUACAGAUGGCAGCCCAAUGGGCCCCCACUAUGGGAGUCUUAUUGUAGUUGAAUUCCAUGAGAAACUCUGACUCAGUUAGUUGUUCCCUCCCUCCCACCCUCCUCUCUCUUGUGUGUAUCACUUAUCUUGUGCCACAUUAUUUCUUACCAUUUGUAUGUAUUUUCCAGAAGGCCACUGGUACAUCAGAGGAGGUGUUUCCAGAUGUGACUAGUGGAACAGAUGUGACAGCUGCUCCUUCUUCUGUCACAGUGCCUCCUAUGGUAGGUAUUCAGUACUGUCUCCCCAAAGUCACACGAACAACAGUGUUUCAAGUUAGAAAAUUUGUGUGUAAAGUGAAAGAAUUUAGUUGUCUGGAUUUGAUGUUAAAGGGGCUGUGUCACGGCAGUCUAGUUCAUUUUCUUUAAUUUUGCCAAUUAGUCGCCCUCAAUCGCUAUGGAACUUAAAGUAAGCAAAGAAAUUACAUGUAAAUGACAAAAUCAGAGAUCCGAGACAAACAAAUAUGUCUCCUGAACAUUAUUUUUGAAGUUGCAAUCAGCGGGGACAAACUUUGAAACACUGUUAGGCUGAACAGUUUUCAAAAACCCUAAUUUCAAUCCGUUUCAAUCUUCUUCAUUUUUGCCCAUCCGUGGCAUCUGUUGUUUCUUUUAUGUUAUUUUAAACCUCCUUUAACGUUUUAAGCGGUUAUUUUUAUGUUUCUCUUAAUUUAACGGGUAUUUUGUAAUUUCCUAAUUUGCCUGAUUUCGUGACACAGCUCCUUUAAGAACAUGUGCUGCUGAACUAUGGUCAGGCAAAUUGUGAAACUAAAGAACACAGUUUAAGCAUCCACUAAUUCUCAGGUUGCUGCUAUCCAAAGGAAGUUUUUUACAUGUAUUGGGAAGAAAUAGUUUGAAUCACAACAAAAUUAGCUUUUAAACUUUUUUUGAGAAUUAUAAACUGGUAAGAAUUGUUUGACUCAUUAGAUACUAUUCCCACUUGUACAAACAUGUAUCACUAGCAACAAGAGCCUUAGAAAGAAGUUGCACUUUAGUCAACUUUUGAGGCAUAGGUAUCUAUUGCUGCCGGCAAUGUCUCUUUUCAUGGUUGGAUAUGGCUGCUUAUAUGAGAGAAGAAAGAUACUGAUGAAAUCUUUAGUCCAAGGAGUAAUAUUUGCCCUAAAUGUUGUUAUCUGUUGUUUGUAGGAGGUGGAGACUUUGCCGUCUUCUGCUCUUACCACUCCAACCGAAACAUCCUUCAGUGCUACUAUACCUGAGUCAGGUUCCAUGUCUUCUGGCUAUGCCUCAAACUCAUCAUCACUGUCCUCAAAUAUUUCUGUGGCAUCUUCAGCAAGUGAGGUUUACUCAACAGGGACCCCUGCAUCUUCUGCUGGUGGUAGUAUCACCUCAGCUGUUAAUGUUUCAUCUGUGUCUACCCCUGCCCCGCCGGGAAGUACAGUACCUGCAGAGAAAAAGGACAAAACUGGCACAAAGCCAACAAAGAAAGAGAGAUUGCCUAGAAUUCAAUUAAAAAGGAUUACAGGGUCACCUGAGGGACCUGUUGCUGAGUGCAGUUUUGACACUUACAAAAAUAACAGAAUAACAUUCAAGUUUGGCAUUGAUGAUGAUGAGCCAGAUGAAGUUGCUGUAAACAUGGUAAUUUGUACAGUUUUGUUAUUGGCCCAGUACUGUCCUUGGUGUUGUUGGUAAAAUUUAUUUAAUUGUGGUUGAAAGAACAAAAAGCAGAGAUACAGUGGAAUCUCCAUAUAACAAAGUUCUAUAUAAUGAAGUCCUCACUAUGACAAACAUUUUCUUUACCUCAGUGUAAGUUAAAUAUGUGAAAAAGAACCUUGAUAUAAAAAAACGUUUUUAAAGGGAGCAAGUUUUGCUAGUUCCUUGGCCCUUCGCUAUAUCAAGGUUCCACUGUUUCUUUUUUUACCAUUUUCAACUUGAAAAUCAUGGAAAUUCUGAGAAGUGUGUGUUUUAAUCCCUAUUCCUGAGAGGAAGAAAUUAUUUUUAUAGUGUAUUUCCCUUGAAUUUUGCUCCUAGUGUUAAUUCUUGUUUGGUUCUAUCGCCUACUUUAACACUACUAGAAUCUCCAUUAGCUUAGAGGGUACAAUAGUUGGAGGAUUUUAUAGAUAGAGAAGAAUGUUCUGUUGAUAUAGUUAAGAAAACUAAUAAUUUUUUUGUUUCGUUUGUCUUAGACUUUGAACUAACUGAUUUUAUUCUAUCUUAGAAAUGUUUUGCAUUAAAAAUGCUACAAUAUGCCAUUUUUUGACAGAUGAAUGCGGGACACCUUCAGGAAUGUAACAAACAGCUGUUUGAAGACCAGCUUCGCAAAGUAAUAGUUGAAGCAAAAGAAAAAGUGGAAAAAGCUAAAGGUCGAGCAGAUAGUGCUGUUGAAAAGUCAGGGCUGGAUAGCCAUAUCCAAUCUUCAGAGAGUAGCAAUGCUGGAGUCACAUCACAACAGGUAAAGCCUGGCACUGUGUAUUAGCUUGACCUAUGUUUUAAUAAAGUGAUGUGAGCCCUAAGAUAUAGUACAUAACCCCAACUGGAUAACUUUACAGGUUGAUAAUCUCAAGAAGCACGUUUGUUUCUUUUGGGAACUCAGAUUUUUUAUAUUUCUCCUGGGUAAGACCUUGACAUUUUUUUUGGCAUAAUUGUAUCAUCUUCGUUACGGCACUAUUUUAAUGAAACAUAUCUUUAAGCCUGCUGUGAAGAGUCCACUUGCAUAGAUAAUCUGUGAUGACUAUAUAUCUAUACCCAAAUUACUGAGCAGGUUUUAACCUCAUUUGUUCUAGUUAUUCUGGUAGUCAGUGUGUAAAGUUAAGAGAGUUUAUCUUGCUUCUGUUUUAGAUGCUGGAGAGCCCUCAUCCAAAAGAAGUGCCAUUCUUUGUGGAUAGUGCAAUAGGAGGUAAACCUGAGACAGUCUCAGCUCCAACUGAAAAAAGAACAGCUUCUGAACCUUCACAGCAAGUUGGGUCUGAGCAAAAAUCUGUCGUAAAUACUCAUGAACAGUCCUCUGAUACUACUCCAGUGCAAACAACAUCUUCAUCUAAAGUUGAAGAAAAAACAAGGCAACCGGUUGUGCUGAAUCCAGUUCCUCCACAACAAGUUAAACAACCUCAAGAGGAAAAAGCAGUGUCAGUAGAAGAGGUUUCUGAAAAAGCUGCUCAGCCUGAAGUGAAAUCUGAUCUUGAUGUGAGCAAGGAACAAACUGCCCAGGAGCCACGCCCAAUAACUCCUCAGCCAGUUGAAACAGGAAAUGACACUCAAAGUAAAGUGAGUGAAAGGUCGCAGUCGCCUGUUGACACUGUCAGCUCAGCAGUUCCUCCUUCUGGAAACAUCAAAACACGAUUUACUGUCAAGAAAGUAGAAGAUCCUGUUUUAAAGAGCAGCUCUCCUCCAGAAGCCAAACCAGAAAAUAAAGAAAAUGAACCAGUUAAACCAGAAAAUAAAGAAAUUGAAUCAGUUUUACCUGUGAAAACUAGUAGCAUUGUAGACAAAAGUUCACAUACUGAAGUUGCAUCUCAUAAACCAAACAAAGACAAUUCAAUACAUCCCGAGACAGCAUCUGUGCAGGAACCAUCUGGUGAGGAAGUGUCUCAAGUCAAAUUGAAAGAAAGAAAGAGUUUGUCACCUGUGAAACAGGAUGCUGUUGAUCCUAGUACUCCAGAACAUGCUCAUAGUUAUGUCCGAAAAGAAGAAAAUGAUCUUCCAACUGCUGCUGUCUCAGAUGGAGAACCGUUGAACAUGCACUUUGAAGUUCAUGCUUCAAAGACUUCUGGUGAACCACUCCAGUUUGAUGGUAAAAAUAAUUCUAGACCUGAGACUCCAACUUACGGUUUUCAUCCCGUUGAUAGUUCUGUUUCCGGAAAGCCAGCCAUCUCAAACGAUUUCAAAUUUGAAACUCAGUUAUCAGGAGAGGAACUGACUGCGGACAAACAAAAAGCAGAGUCAGUUGUCUCCUCAGAUGAUGAGUUAUCUCUAAGUGCUUCAGUUGAGAAAUCUGGAGCCCUACCUUCCAAGAGUGAGUUUGUGCAGGGAAGAUUCAUUGUUUCCGUUUCAAAUAAUAGACCUGAAACACCAAUAUCUGAUAAGUUAGAGCAAGUAAAACCAACCCCUGAACAACCUAUGGAAAUUACUCUCCAAGAUGUAACGGCUGCUGUUGGAUCAGUCUCGGUACCCUCACUGACCCCCAGUUCAUCAAUGGAGAGCCUUAACUCUGUUGGUUCACAUUCUGGUGUCCAGACUUCACUUGCUUUCUCAAGUUCACCUCAGACUGUCAUUGCUGAGGGGCCAGUCUUAACUACUGUGGCUGGUGGGUCUAUCAAGGAUUUGCCAAGAAAAAAUAGUGGACAAAGUGAUUUGAUUAUUGAUGCUAAAAUAGUGAAGCAAGAUGGAGAGCAAAGCAAGCAAAGCGGUGAACAGGUACAUAUAAACGCAAAAUAGUAUUAAUUUUAUGGUUGUGAUUGAUGAUGAUAUUUUGAGCAAAUCCCAGAUAUACAUGUAGUCCUCCAUGACUGGUAUAAUCACAAUUCAAUUUCUACCUUACUCACCAUAGAGCCUUCGGUAGCUCAAUGGUUUAAGAGCAUCCAACCUAGAACUCGGGCAGUCGUGCAUUCAAGUCUAAACGGGAGUUCGAAAUUUUUUGAGGUUUCUGGUGUUUAAUGUCUCCUUCCAAUUUGCUAUAUCCCAUGGAAUGCUGUCACUUACGAUAAGUAAAGGGAAAAGCUUCCUGUUACAGAUAUUUGGCUAUGAAACUUGUUCAACUGUGGCAGGAACAGUUUUUUUUAUUAUUUUCCUUGUUGUAAACUUUCCAAAACAAUAUGUUCAUCCUUUAAUCCCAUUUUGUCAACGGAAGAUUCCUUCUUGUGAUAAUUGUUAGAAGUAUGUCUGCUCUUUUGCUCUGAGUACUGUUACUGUAUACUGAAGUGUAGAGGAAGUGAUGAUGUAAUUUGCGCCAGACAGUGGUCAGUGGGAACAGACUGCCUUCUGUUUAAUACCACUCCACUUGGCUGAAGACUGUUACUAUUGUAUCUGAUCCUCUUGGUCUUGGGAUAGUCCAGGUGUCUUCGCUCUUGCAAACAGACUAUAUUGCUUUAGAGAUGUGAAUAAUAUCUAAAAUAAAUUUUAUGUUGUAGAAGAAAGUGGUACCAAAGGUUAAAGGCCAGCUUGAGCAAAGGCUUCAGAUUGCAAUAGAUUUGUCUGCUGAAGACGAAGAAGAAUGGAAGAAAAUCUUUGCAAGGUAGUUUCUGUAUGCCACUCGUUCAGUUUUAAGUCACUGCCAAAUUUUGUGGUAAGAUGCAAAGAUGAAACAACUCUUUGUAUUAUGACGAUGUGCCAGACACUAGGCAAAUCAUAAUCUUUUCCUAUACUACCAGUGUCCUCCACUUUCAUUUGUAACAUCACUGGUAAAUAGGGAGGCAGGGGAGGGUGGCUUAAUUAGUGUUUCCCCCUGUAUAUGGGGGCUCGUUGGUGGGGGGGGGGUGGCUUUAUAGAGGAUUUUCAGUAUGUUGUUAGGUAGUGCAUUACUAUCACUCAACAACCAGAAAAGAAUGCUCUUGUAAACACAGUCUUUGGACUUGCUACCCUCUGUUUAAUAGAUCUGAAAAUGUUUUUACAGGUCUGUGACACAACCUACCGUAAAUCCUCUUUUAAGCCCCCCCUCCCCUCCCCCUUACUAUUAUUCACUAAUAAAUGAGAGACUGUAUCAAUCAAUCAUGACUGUAGAACUUUGUGUGGACUGAACCAGUAUGAUUUAUACACCAGCUGGAUUUUCGGAUUUGCUUUUGAUCGUCAGCUGCAUGACCUCCAACUUCUUGUACUUAAGCUUUUUCACGUUGCAUUCUAGUUCUUUUUGGAGAAAUGAUACCAUCGUCUGUGCUAAAUUAAAUAACCCCCCCCCCCCUUGGGGGGCUAAAUAGAGGACUUAUGAGGUUUCUAUUUGACACUUGACAAGGGAGGGUUUAUUGCCUACUGUCAGGGAAGUGUGAAGUUUGUGUCACAAACGACUAGAGUUGGAAGGUUAGUGCUGCAUUUCUGGCAGUCUGUGAAAACCUGUUGCAUAGUAUUGGUUUGUGAAAAUAAUUCUUAUUUGAGUAAAUUAGGUUUGGUAAUUAUGUCUAAAAACCACACAAAGUUAGGGCCUUCUGGUCGUCCUGCCUACUAUUUUAGGAAAACCGUCUGCUGUAUUAUUGGGUUUUUUAUUUUUCUUUAUUCUUUGAUCCCUCCACUCAUGCUUGCGUCACUACCCUUAUUUGUUUUAGCUUUUAACUCUGGUUUUUCUUGCAUUUUUUCAGACAAUGCAAAGAGAAGGAGGACUUGGAAAAGAAACAUGAAAAAGAAAUAGUGCAAUUCAAGAAAAAAGUUGAAAGUAGAAAGCAACGGCAACAACAACAACGAGCACAGCAACAGCAACAACAGCGAAAAGACGCUUAUCAGGCUCAAAUGAAGAAAGAAAAAUUAAAGGAACAGCAACAGGGCACAGCAGGGGGACAGGUUAUAUCACGACACAAGAGCAGUACAGAUGAGACUGAACUACAAGCAGUGGAACACGCCAAAAGUAAUGGAUGUAGCUCUGAAUCAAACACUUCAAAGAAGUCUUUCUCUGGAAUUGAUAAAGAAAUUGAACAGUUAGCACAGUUUGAGAGCAAAAUCAAGAAAAAGCCUUCUUCUUCUGUGGUACAAACAAGACAGUCUGGUCAGCCACCAACUGGCAAGAUGGAAACAAAAUUAAGUUUGAAUCAAAUUAAGGUGAACCAAAAGAUACAAACUGUGACGAACCCUGUACCAGCAAGAAAUGGUCCCCAGGUUGUUGUUCCAACUGCCGUUCCUCAGCAACCCAUGGGCACUUUUACAGGGGCUAGAAAUCCUAGUUUCCCAAACUUGCAGGCUCCACAGGGUGUUCAGGUGCCUGUGACAAGUUAUGGUGGUGCUGUAAUGAAUGGACCUUGGCCCAGUGGGCCUGAUAAUGUGCAGUGGGCACCAAAUAUGGAGGAACAUCAGUGGUCCUCUGUUACAGAGCCCCCGCCACCGUGGCCUGCAGGGGCAGUGACGGUUAAUUCAGGCUCAAACUCUAGUGGACAGUAUGGUGUGAGAAUGCCACAACAAUUUGUUCCGGCCGCGAGUGUACCUGGUCAGCAAUUUGUAGUGCAAACGGCUCCUCACCCACAAAUGCCACAUCGGUAGCAUGUAGUGGGUAAAACAGAUUAUUUUGUUGUUUGUAGUGAAUUAAGAAGGAGCUCUGUAAGGAUAAUUAAGAGAAGCGCUUUGUUAAUUUUAUAUUAAAAAGAAAAAAAAGGAGGUACUAUUGUAUUGCGCGCUCAGUUAUUGAAACUGUGAUGAUGGUAUCUCGUAUAAAUGGUUUUGUACACAGAGAAAACAAUCUGCCUCAAGGAAUUGUAGAAUACCUUCUGUAAAGUAAUUACUGCACAGACAGUUGACAAAAUAGUAUAAUAUGCAAAAGCCAUCCGCUUCUUAGUGCAUCAAAGAUUUGCCCAGCAUUAAACUUAGAACAAAAUUAAUGUAAUUUAGACGUUGCACCAACUUAUGGUACAUUGUAGGAAAGUUAUUUUUGUCAAUAGUGGUCUACGUCAAUAUUUGCAUUAAGAUUUAAAAAGUACCUCGCUUUUGAGGUCUUAUUGGUGUAACGUUGAGCUUAUUUUUACUUCUACAGAAUUUGAAUGCUGUUAAUGGAUUGUAAGAGAGUAAAGCCUAAACAAAGCUAUUUUCUAUUUGAAUUACGGGAUACUAAUGUUUUGUAGUGGGAGUAAUUUGUUUUAAGAUUAAUUGUUGAGCUGGAGGCUUCUUUGAGAAAUGAGAAUGCUUUUUUGUUGAGAGCUGAUCGUAUGACUUAUCAGAAAGCUGUCGCCACAGUAGAAGAACAUUAUCUAACUUGUGUUUUAUCGCUUUUUGUUCAUAAAGCGUUCAUUGAGGACAAAAUAUUGCCAUCCAUUUCUUAAAUGGAAGUUUAAAACAGUGCGUUAAGCAUUAAAAGUUUUCGGAAACUGAUCUCGUGAAUUUACCGUUAAUUUCCCGUCUUUUGCUUUUGAGCACCAAAUUAAUUCACUGAGAGGUCACGGAAAAGUCACAGAAUUAGCUUUUGAUGGAAAACAGGGUCUAGUUCAACCGUUGAAUAAACAGCUUGAACACAGUUGCUUCCUUUGUU